AUGCAUCUCUACCUGCUGACGCUGUUGGCGCUGAGCGGGGCGGGCUGCGUGGUGGCGGGUCCCAGCCACAGCUUGCGGGGGAGCUGGUGGGUGAGCAACGGGAACGGCUCCCUGGAGCUACCGGGGACUGUCCCCGGCUGCGUGCACAGCGCCUUGUACCAGCGCGGGCUGAUCCAGGAUCCUUACUACAGAUUUAAUGACCUCAACUACAGAUGGAUUUCCUUAGAUAACUGGACCUACAGCACGGAAUUCAAAAUCCCCUUUAAUAUCAGAGAAUGGCAGAAAGUCAAGUUGAUUUUUGAUGGAGUUGACACAGUUGCAGAAAUCCAGUUCAAUAAUGUCACUAUUGGGAAGACAGACAACAUGUUCACAGGCUAUAGCUUUGACAUCACCGACUUGGUCAGGGAUGCUAACUCCUUAAAGCUGCGGUUCCAGUCAGCAGUGCAAUAUGCCGAGCUUCAGAACAAAGCUCACACUCGCUACCCGGUGCCCCCAGCCUGCCCCCCCAAGGAGCAGAAGGGUGAAUGCCACGUCAACUUUAUCCGAAAGGAGCAGUGCUCCUUUAGCUGGGACUGGGGGCCUUCCUUUCCCUCUCAAGGAAUCUGGAAAGAUGUCAGAAUUGAAGCCUAUAACAUUAGUCACCUGAAUCACCUCACGUUUCUGCCAAUAUAUGAUAACACUUCUCAGGAGUGGACUGUUGAGAUCGAGGCCUCUUUUGAUGUGGUCAGCUCAAAGCCAGUUGGUGGUCAGGCGAUUGUAGCCAUCCCUAAACUGCAAACACAGCAGACGUACAACAUCGAACUUCAACAGAGGCAAAGGACUGUUAAACUCCUUGUGAAAAUUAGCAAGGAGAUUGCAGUGGAGCCCUGGUGGCCUCGUGGACAUGGAAACCAGACUGGAUACAACAUGACAAUUCACUUCGUGCUGGAUGGAGGCCUAAGUAUUGAGAAAUCAGCCAAGGUUUAUUUCAGAACAGUGCAACUUGUAGAAGAGCCCAUAAAAGAUUCUCCUGGCCUGAGUUUCUACUUCAAAAUUAAUGGACUUCCUAUAUUUCUGAAAGGCUCAAACUGGAUCCCAGCUGACUCAUUCCAAGAGAAAGUCACCCCAGAACUGCUGCAGCUCCUUUUGCAGUCUGUUGUGGAUGCCAACAUGAACACUCUGCGGGUGUGGGGAGGAGGUGUUUAUGAGCAGGAUGAAUUCUAUGAACUCUGCAAUGAGCUUGGAAUAAUGGUAUGGCAGGACUUUAUGUUUGCCUGUGCCCUUUAUCCAACUGAGCAGAGCUUCAUGGAGUCAGUGAGAGCCGAAGUUACUUACCAGAUUAGGAGGCUCAAAUCUCACCCCUCCAUCAUUAUAUGGAGUGGUAAUAAUGAGAAUGAAGUGGCCCUAAGUGUGGACUGGUUUCAUAUAAAUCCCAGCGACUUGAAAACCUACAUUGACGACUAUGUAACCCUGUACGUGAGCAACAUCAGAGAGAUUGUCUUACAAGAAGACAAGAGCCGCCCUUUUAUUGCAUCCAGCCCUACCAAUGGGGUCAAAACCAUGGCAGAAGGCUGGGUCUCUAAAGACCCUUACAGCAACCUUUAUGGAGACGUCCAUUUUUAUGACUAUUUGAGUGACUGCUGGGAUUGGAAGGUCUUCCCCAAAGCUCGAUUAGUAUCCGAAUAUGGCUACCAGUCCUGGCCUUCCUUUAGCACACUAGAAAAGGUUUCAUCUAAAGAGGACUGGUCUUACAGUAGCCACUUUUCCCUUCACCGACAGCAUCAUGGAGAUGGUAACGAUGAAAUGCUUCAGCAGGCUCAGCUUCAUUUCACAUUGCCCCAAAGGACAGACCCCUUACGCAAAUUUAAAGAUACUAUCUACCUUACUCAGGUGAUGCAGGCCCAGUGUGUCAAAUCAGAAACUGAAUUCUACAUGCGCAGCCGCAGCGAGGUAGUGAAUGGAGAAGGCCGCACCAUGGGGGCACUCUAUUGGCAGUUGAAUGACAUCUGGCAGGCUCCUUCCUGGGCCUCUCUUGAGUAUGGAGGAAAAUGGAAAAUGCUGCAUUACUUUGCUCGGAGAUUCUUCGCUCCUCUGUUACCAGUAGGUUUUGAAGAUAGAGGUGUGUUUUAUGUCUAUGGCGUGUCAGAUCUUCACCGAGACUACAACACGAGGCUCACUGUGAGGGUCUACACCUGGAGCUCACUGAAGCCUGUGUGCUCUCUUGUGACUUCACAUGCUGUGCUGAAAGCAGGGGAGGCUACGAUCCUCUACAAGAAGCCAGUGCCUAAGCUGCUGGAGAGAUGUAAGGGAUGUACCAGGGAAACCUGUGUGGUUUCCUUCCACCUUUCAACCGACAGUGACCUCUUCAGCCCAACCAACUACCAUUUCCUGUCCUCCCUGAAGGAUGCCAAAGGGCUGGUCAAGGCCAACAUCACUGUCAACAUCUCUCAGAAGGGUGAUUUAUUUGUUUUUGAUCUGAAAACGUCUGCCAUCGCUCCCUUUGUUUGGCUGGAUGUAGGAAGCAUCCCGGGGAGAUUUAGUGAUAAUGGCUUCCUCAUGACUAAGAAGAUGCAUUCCGUCCUGUUUCAUCCUUGGAAGCUCACCAGCAAGCGUGAGCUGCAGCAGGCUUUCAGUGUGACCUCCCUGACCGACAUCUACUGAAGGGACAUGGGUUCUAGCUCAGCCGACACUGGGAAUGAAGCCUUUCUAAAGCAGGCCCCAAGAGAAAGGCAGCCUGACGGGAAGAGAAGCCGCCACAGCACAUCUAACUAACUAGCUGGUGUGCGCCGACUGUCCACUCCUCCAGUGUGCACAGUGUACUUUCAAAAAUGGCUGAUCACCCAGGUGAUGCUCUUAGACAAGGUCAUCCCCGGGUGUUCUUGAAUCUUCCAGGAUUGCAUUUUUUAGAACUUUGUUCCACAGCUAAAGCGCAACCAGAAAGAAGAGUUACCCAAUGUGAGGAUGUUUUGGGGAGCUGCUGGAUUGUGAUAAGGCGGCCAUGAGUGGAACUAAAUGUGGAGGUUCUGAAGUAAUGCAGGCCUUUCACAGUGGUGUGGAACCCUACCCACUGAAGACAAAGAGUGUGUUUAUUAUUGUCAGAGGAAAUGGGAGCUCAGAUGCUACAAUAGAGAUUGCUUGAUGGCAGCCAUAUGGAUUGCUGUUGGUUGACAGUGGAGGGGUUUGAUGGCUGUCAUUUAAUCACCAUCUUAAUGUAGGAUUCCUUUUAUUUCAUAGGUUUGCUCUUAAAAGACCAUGAGAGUGAUCUCUUUAAAAAGCAUUCUAAGCUGGCUGUUUGUGCCUUCCUGUAAUCCCAGCACUCUGGGGGCAGAGGAGGGAGGCUGGAGGCUCACAAGUUGUCUCUGAGUACACGGUAGAAUUGUUCACCUGUCUUGGCCCUAAGGUUUCACGUGAGCUUACUGUGGUUCUGAUGAGCUUUCUAAUCCGAAGGUAUGAGCUGUGUUUAAUCCCAUUGGCUCUGGUGUGGAAGUGGUAAAAAAAAAUGUUAAUAAGUAGCAAAUUGGGUAUAGGUUUGUACCACUUUUGUAUUUUUUCUAUAUGUUUAAAAUUAUAUAAAAAGCCGUAGGCCAUACAAAUUGCAUUGACAACUUGAUCGUUCAUCUGUGCUCUGUUUCACCAUUUAAUAAACAUUCCAUUGUGUGCAAUGCUA